CUGUGCCACUCCCUCUUUUGCUUCAUCACUCCUCCCAGCUUUGAUGGUUUACCUCUCUCUCUCUCUUUCUCUCUGUUCGCGUCUUUGCAAGGACACCUGUACACGCUCCAGCUGGCAGGCGGACUUUGGAUGUUUGGCAGAAAAUUAAAGUCAGCAGUACAUUUGAACCUCAGACCCACUGAAGUCCCUCAAACUGUGGACGCUGCGCUGUUGAUAAGCACGAAGAAGCGAGAGGGCUGUAGUUGGGAGUGCAGGGAGCAGACAGACGAGCUUUGCAGGGACUUUUGCGUCUCCGUCGUUCAUUUAUUUGCAGCCCACACUGACUGAUGCUCAUAGAAAAGUGACAUGCAAUCGGGAGUGAAUGCGCUGAAGUCGUAGAUAAACUGCGGCUCGCACAGAUCCUGCAGGUUCAGCUUGGUGAUCCGAAAAGAACUGAGAGGAAGGGAAGCAUGAAAUCCACGAGUCAGGAUCAGAGUUUGUCAGACUCCAGAGAGCUGGACAGAUCUUACGACCCACUCACAGGUAAUCCUCCAUCCAAACCCAAUAAAAAGACCUUAAAGCAGCGCUUCCUCAAACUGCUGCCCUGCUGUCGUUCUGGCUCCAGCUCUUCAGUUGAUCAAAGCAACAUAGUUGAAGAUGGUGAACUAUCGACAGUGUGUUACAGACCUGAGGGCCUUGACCGUCUUGUACAGCAGACCAAAUUCAGCAAAAAAGAGCUGCAGGUCCUCUACCGGGGAUUCAAAAAUGAGUGUCCGAGCGGUGUGGUGAAUGAGGAGACUUUUAAAAGCAUCUACUCCCAGUUCUUUCCUCAGGGAGCGGUCUUUUGUCUGCAAUGGGAGACCAUGGGGAGGGAGGACCCAAACGCAGGACUCUUGUGCGAUGAAUGCAAUUCAAGUAUGUAUGCACAUUUCUUGUUUGAAGCCUUUGACACACAGAACAAUGGCUCGGUCAGCUUUGAGGACUUUGUUAUAAGUCUGUCCAUCAUCCUGAGAGGCUCCAUCACUGAUAAACUCAACUGGGCCUUUAAUCUGUAUGAUAUCAACAAGGACGGCUGCAUCACCAGAGAGGAGAUGACAGAAAUAAUGCACUCCAUCUAUGACAUGAUGGGGAAGUAUACAUACCCCCACAUGAAAGAUAGUGCCCCGAAAGAGCAUGUUGACAGCUUCUUUCAGAAAAUGGACAAGAACAACGAUGGAGUGGUUACGAUGGAUGAGUUCUUGGAGACGUGUCAGAAGGAUGAGAACAUCAUGCAGUCCAUGCACAUGUUUGAUAAUGUGAUCUAAGCAUUGGUGGACAUAGACAGAAAACAGAUUUCCCACCUGUUUGGAGCGCUCUGCUCAAAUGCAGCUCAUCGCCAGCGUGGAUGAAUUUUCUGAGCUUCAACAGCGGUCCAAGGUUCAAGUAGCAGUGACUUAAAGAUACCGACCCCAAACACACAUUUUCUAAAAUACUUUUAAUGAAUAGACUGAGCAGAAUGAGUCAAGUGUUGAUGCAAAAUUACUUGACUUGUGGGAAAUGUGAGAUUUUAUUUUUUAUACUACACAUACGAAUGAAAGCGUUAAAGGUACACCAUGUUGCAGUCUGACGAAAACAAGAAGUGCUAAUGAACAGUUUCCUCAAGAAAGCAGCAGAUAUGCACAACAAGCAGCUGCGAUUUUAAAAUUUGAUGACGUUCUUUCUAAAUUAUGACUAUUACAAUAUUUCUCUAUUGCAUGUGUUUACACACUAAAGUGACACAGAGGCACCGGAUAUACAGACGUGGAACAAAUGGAAUAACUCUUAAAUGUUGUAAAGUAUCACACACUCUCUCUAAUCACUCUUGUCCUAUAACAGAGGAUAGCUUUAAGUUUCAAAUCAAAGCAAUAAUCUUACAUAUUAUCAGUCCUUAUCUGUUCUGUGUUCUUAUGGAGCUCACCACUCACAUUUACUAUAAUUGUGCAUAUUGUGUGCAUGAUGUAUCUGUUUUCAUUGAAUAGUUUAAUGAAAGUGUUAAUAUAUUUUCUAUAUGGGCAUAGUAACGAUGGUGAGGAGGAAACUAAAAAUCACACAGUUGCUAUGCAAAAGCAAAAAUAAUUAAAUUAC